AAGCCAAGGGUUGCAUAAUCCAGAUCUUUAUAAAGAAAAGUGCUAUUGUCCAUAUCUUUCAUCAAACUGAAUAUUCCUAUCCUCAGGCGAGGUGUUUGUGCUGGUUGACGGUGGUGAGGGGGACCUCGACCUGGGUAAUUUUGAGCAGUUCCUUGGUGUCACACUCCACAGUGGUAACAACAUAACAACUGGGAAGAUUUACCAGUCUGUCAUGAACAGAGAGAGGUGUGGGGACUACCUCAGGAAGACCAUUCAGGUGGUGCCACACAUCACAGAUGCAAUUCAGGAAUGGAUUGAGACAGUGGCGCAUCGGCCAGUGGAUGACGACCAUGCAGAUCCCGAGGUCUGUAUCACUGUGUUGGGACAGUUGGAGACAGUGAGGGCAUGCCCUUUGCUGAGGCCUUCAGGCAGUGACAGUUUAGAGUGAAGCUGUAUGCAUCUUGGUUCUUGUGUCCCUGGUACCCCAAACCAACUCGAGCCAGUGUGAGGGAGUUGCGUGGAUUGGGGUUGUCUCCUGACAAAGAAGCCCGUAAACCAGUUCGUCAACCAUAAGAUAUCCAACUUCUCUCGUGUCUCCAGAGCAGGUUAUUUGUCUGCAUGAUGCCUCAAGCACUUAUGCAGUACCUGUGAUGUUGGAGGAGCAACAGGUGUUGCCCCUCCUCAGCAAUCGUCUUGGCUUCAAGACGAUUUCAUGCAGAAAUGGCAUGAGCUUUCAACUAAGCAUGAGCAUCUGCAGUACAGUGUCUCCAUUGUGCUGGUUGGAAAUCAUACAGACCUAGAGGACUCAUACACCUCAAUGAUCAAGGCCCUGCAGCAUGCCGCCCUUGCAUGCAACCGCAAACUGGAUUUGAAGUGCUUGGAGGCUCAGGAUCUAGAGGAGGAUGCAAAGGCAAAGCAGCCUGUGAAGUGUUAUGAAGCAUGGAAGAAUGUGUGCAAGGCAGAUGGUAUUAUUGUUCCCGGAGGCUUUAGUCACUGUGGAAUGGAAGGAAAGGUUUCUGUGUGCAAAUGGGCCAAGACAAAGGAGAAGCCACUGUCGGGCAUAUGCCUAGGCUUACAAGCUGCAGUAAUUGAGUACUCAAGAUUUGAGGUUAAUCCAAAAUGUGAUGCUGAUUUAGAGGCAGCUGGAAUGAAGUCUGUGGGCUGUGAUGUCAAUGGCGAAAGGAUGGAAAUUUUGGAGUUGGCAGAUCACCCUUACUAUGUGACUUGUCAGUCCCAUCCAGAGUACCUCACAAGGCCGUUGAAGCCAUCCCCUCCAUACCUUGGUCUAAUCUUAGCAUCUAGUGGCAAGUUGGAGCAGUAUUUGUCCCGUGGAUGUCGAAUGAGCCCCACCGAUUCUCCUGAGUCCUCUGUGACAGAUGAGGAGCUGCCCAUGCCUCCCCACCUGCUGGCACACCAAGCAGACAAGCCCAGCAUGCCACCUGCUUCUCGCGCCACUCCUCCCCCGCUCUCAGAGAAGCGCUUGCAUCGGCCCUCAACAGCCCCUCCUCCUCCUCCCCCACUCUCAGAGAAGCGCUUGCAUGGGCCCUCAACAGCCCCUCCUCCCCGGCAGAGGAGAGGAAUCUCGAAGGAAGUUAGAAGAACCUAUAAUGGCUGGUCCAGGCUAUUUGAUGGGCCACAAAGGAGAUAUUUUCAGAUGUUCUUUAUCAUUUGUUUUUGUUUGCUUUUUAAUUUUUUCCUAUAUUAUGAUAUACCCGGUGUAUAUGAAAAGUGGAGUGAUAGUCCACUUUCAUUACAGUUUUCAUUUAGGGUUGAGCGUAUCUCAUUGUUUUACAUUAGUAAAGAAACACAGAGUUGUAUAAAAAAAAAAACUGAGUGUCAAUUUUUGAUGCAGAGGAAGGACAGAGUUAUGCAUAUCAAUUUUUUUUUUUUUUUUCUUUUUUUUUCAGUGAGAAGAUAUUAUAGCAUUUUCAUUUUUAUAUCAGAUAGCAUUUAGUCUUAGAUUUAUCUGGUUUGAUUAAAUCAGAUGUUGAUAGGUUUGGAUGAAUAUAUAAUUGUUAUUAUUUAGUUCCAUUAAUAUCCCCAAGACCCUAGUGUUUGAAAGUCUUUGUCUGAUCAGCAAGACCCAUCUACCUGUGAUGAUCUCCAUGGAUCUGGGUCUAGAAGAUUCAAAUAAAAAAUGGAGUGCAUUUU